CAGUGAUUUUUGCUAUAAAUACGAACAUAUUUAUCAAAUGAAAUUCAAUUCCAAAUUGUAGAUCAACCAAAAUGAAUUUCUUGAUCGUAUUAUUUGCUUUGAUGGCCGCUGCUCUCGCCGUUCCCCAGUACUACGGUUAUUCGGUCGGAUAUCCUUCAUACUAUGGGGCCGGAUAUCCUUCAUACUAUGGGGCCGAAUAUCCUUCAUACUAUGGGGGCGGAUAUUUUUCAAAUCCAGAGGAUUCUCAAGAAAGUUAUGAGAGUGAUGAGGGACAAGAGUGUAAAUGAUUGAAAAGUUCCCCAACUUCCGGAAGCCUCCUGUGCAAUAGUUUCUAUAUUCUAUGUUUUGUGUACAAUUAAUGAAUUAAAAUUAAUAA